GCAGAAAAAACUGAUCGACCCCUUUUCGUGGCUAACUCAUCACUGGUAGUAAUAGUUUUAAAGGGACCGAGGAGGCUACAAAAUCGUACGUAGGAGGAUUCAAAGUUUGAGAAAAAUCGCCGGCCGGAGAUUGCAUGAAGUUUCCAACCCCCUUCAAUAUUCGUGCUUUUCUUCCUAAAUUACUGUUUCGGUUCCUGAAAACAAUGUUAUCGCAAGUGUUUGACCUUAAAAUUAAAUGAUGUCAGUCCCAGCCGAGAAGACAGGCCGGAUUGCUUUCCUCCAUUAAUGGAACAGCAAGCGGCGGAGACGAGGAGAUGUUCAGCAAAUCAUAUAGCAGCGCGACCGAGAUGGAGGAGGAGGAUGGUGAGAGUUCGAGUGACUUCUUCGAGAUAAACCGUGGAUUACUCUUUGGAGAUCAAGAGUACGACUACGAGGCAAGUUUGUUUUCUUUUGAUUUUCAGACCUGGAACGAUUGUGUCUUUGUGGCAGUCGGCGACACAGAGUCGAGCUCGAGCAUGGGUGCGCUGGCGUGGACCCUGAAGCGCCUUGUUAGCCCCUCCACCGUGCUUCGUCUCCUGCAUGUCUUCCCGGUUAUACGCUACAUUCCAAGUCCAUUAGGACUGCUUCCAAGGAGUAAAGUGAAUCCGGAGCUGGUGCAGAAUUACGUGAUGCAGGAAAGAGGCAAGCGGAGGAAGCACCUCCAAAAGUUUCUUGAUGCAUGCUCUGUUUCCAAGGUAAAAGUAGAUGUAAUGCUGGUCGAAGGUGAUAACAUCACAAAGGCUAUCGUGGACCUUAUUCCGAUUCUCAAUAUCAGAAAACUAGUGCUUGGAACCACCGAAUCAAGUUUAAGGAAAUCAGAGUCAAAAAGAGGAAAUGGGAUUGCUGAUCAGAUCCUUCACAAUGCACCCGAAACCUGUGAGAUUAAGAUCGUCUGUGGGGGGAAGGAAGUCAUUGACCGGAUGAUUGUUUGGCCCUCUCCAAGCAGCAAUAGCAAGUCUAAAUCCAUGCGAGAAGGAAAAGAAGAUAAACCCCAUGCUUCCUUCUUGUGCAUGUGUUUUAACUUUAAGACCCAUGUUUAGGUACUU